AUGGCGAACGAGGAGCAGCGCAAAGCGUUCGCCGCGUACAUGGGCGGCGGCAGCAGCUCGACCGCGAGUGUUGGACAGCAAAUACCGCCGUAUCCAGGCUCGGUCGCCAACCCUGCCAGCCAGUAUCUCUUCAACGUUCACUCAUGUGUGCAGCAGUUCCCGGGCCUGGGUGUCCCGCCAGCAGUGCCUACGCCUCCGCCGGCUGCUGCGAGUUCGGUCGCUUCGUAUCAAGGUUUUCAAGGCGGGUUUCAAGGCGGGUUUCCCCCGCAAGCUGCUUUCGGUCAGGCUGGGUUUCCCCAACGUCUGCCGCCUCUCGGCCAAGGACAAAAUCAGAGUCAGGGUCAGCCAGGAAGUACUCAACUAACGCAAGCCUCACCUGGCUACGCUCAGCUGCCGCGCGAAUACGCCAGUCAGCCACCGCCGCCGACAGGAUACAACACUGGUUGGCAAUACACGGACCCAAGGGCACCACUCCCUGCCCGGACAGAUCUAGUUAGGGCUACGUCUAGUGUCAUGGCUCCUGUCCAGCGCAAUGUUUCUACUCAGAUGUUCAGAAAGGGAACAGAGGAGUACUUCGCCUAUCAGCAUCAAGCAGGCGAGGAAGCGCCACUACAAAAUGUAGAGCAAACAGUGCCUGUGUUGCUUUGUCACACCUGCAGCGAUUGCGGACAAAUGCGGUCUGCGGGAUUUCAUCGGAAUCACCCGGUCAUACCAGGCAAGCCCAUCGUUACUACGCCGUGUAGGAAGUGUAAGAAACGUAGUAGAAACACCCAUCGUUCGAGGGCAACCAGCUAUGCGAGAGUCAGGACGUGUAGAGCCGAAGAACCGUGUGACUGGCCUAGAGAACCUGUCCACGUUGAUAUCGACUACAGUGAGCGAAGAGGCCGGCGGAGGGAUCGCGAUGAGGUAUAUGCAUCUUGGGGGACUGAUCACCUUCGACCGCGUAUCGUCACGGAAAGCUCAAGCCGCGCCAACCUUGGGCUGCGUUCAGUACAGCGAAGUCCUCCACGCGAGUACACAAGCGCCACUAGAGUGCGGGUUUCUUCGUUCAGUCCUGAACGAUCAAGGUAUGCAGGUGUCUGGCCACGGCCAGAUGUUGUUGGCACAAGACCUUUGAGAUCUGAUGAGCAAUACCAUACUUCUGACGAGGUAUGGCCGCCACCUGAUGUCAUCCGUACUCACUCGUAUAGGAAGAAGAGUCCACUCCGCGUGAACCCGCGUAUCAUCGAGCUCUCUCCUUCGCCUCCGCCGCAACGGUCCAGGACUACAAGGGUACACUACCGGCAAGAAUCAGAAGAGCGGAGACCUAGAAGCCCUGUGCGGCGCAGCGAGAGUCGCGUUCGUAUGCAAUCGCAUCCUCGCCCCUACAGGACUGUGAUACCGGAACGUCGAGUUGUCUCGCAUUCGGACGAUACUUCAACAAACGAUGCUGGCUCAGAGUCAGCCAACCGUGGAAUCCUCAAGCCGGCAGAUAUGACAUACGAAACAUCGUACAGGCGCAGAACCAACUUGCGCGAUAGCCAGCAGAGCACGAAUGUCGAGGUUGGAGGACCCCGUGUUCAGUUCGCGACAGAACGGAGAGAUGAUCCUCUUCCAACUGCGAGGCAUGACAAUGAAAAACACGAGCGACAUCUCCGUUAUGAGAGGCGAAGUUAUGUCGACGAGCCCGCUUCUCCGCCAAUUGAUCGCAUGGAGAGGCUUCACAUUAGGCAUUCAUCGCCGUCUCCUCAAAGGGCUUUUGAUGAGAUUCGUGUCGAUCGUGCACGUCGCAUCUCACCUUCUCCACCUAGACGCUUCGAGGAGGUACACUAUCGCCAUGUCAGUGUCAGCCCUAAACAGACUCGAGAGCGUGCGCUUCGCCAUUCGCCAUCACCUCCACCGCAUGAGCGAUCAGUGCAUCCACGAUACCGCCACGUUUCUCGUACAAGGAUCACUGAGCGUGCUCGGUCCCUCACGCCUCCACCUAUCCGAAGGCAAAUCACCUCAGAAGAUGACAUGACUGACUCUGAGGACGAGGGAGACGGGCCACUGGUCGAGGUCAGAAGCUGGAAGGGUAUUGAUGAGAAUGGGCAACCGGCUACUUUUGUUGAAGAAAGACGGAAACCGAGGUUGAUCGACCAGGGAAGCAUAGGAGGUUCUGAGUUCCGACCGCUGAGUGAGCGGCUGAGCGCGAGGAGCUAUCGCGAGAUCUGGUCUGUCCAAAAGCGGCUAGCUGGUGAGAUUACGACUUAG